AUGAGCGGCACCCCAGUCGCCUCGCCCACCGUGCACGUAAACCACUGGUCCGAAUCGCAGGUGGCCGACUGGCUCAGCACCAUCGGCCUCGCCAAGUUUGCAAAGGACUUCAAGGGCAACGGCAUUACUGGCGACGUCCUCAUCUUGCUCGACGACGAUGCAUUGCGGGACAUUGGCGUCGCCACCGUCGGACAACGGCUCUCUCUCCUCUCGGCCAUCUACCGCCUCAAGCUGCAGUUUGCCAUCCCCAUUCAGGAGGGCGACUGGAUACCCAAGUCCUCCGAGGUCCACGAUGGUUAUCCCGCCACGGCCACAUCGCCCCACCUCGUGUCCCUGCUGAGACAGCGCGACGACCGCAUCCGCACCCUCGAGAGUCAGAUAUUCAGGCUGGCCGACUACCUCUCGCGCUUCCAGCAAGACUUUGCCAGCGUGUGCAAGCACGUCGGCGUCAAGACGCUCACCUCUGAAAUGGCAAUCUCGGUCGUGUCCGGGUCAACACGGCCAGGAGAGACAGGCGGUCACUCGCACACCUCCUCGGAAAGCAGUACUCACUCCCUGUCAGCCUUUGGGUCGCAGCCGGACCUGGCCACCUCGGCCAGCAGCCAUGCCAUCGACUCGCCGACCGCUCGCAACUCUUCCGGCAUCGUCUCUCCGACGCGGUCCGGCUUCGCCACCUCGCUCGGCCACCGUCCUGGCGCCGCCACGUACACGCAGGGCUCAUAUGGUCAGCAGCAUUUUGACGAAGGUCAGGCGUCCGGCAACGCUUCAGUCGGUCCGCUUCUGGGCUUCAAGCCAGCGGGUCACGCCGGUAUGUACCAUCGCAGCAACGACGCGCUUGGGUCUGCAACGGGACCUAGUGCCGCGGUCCCCAACACGCCAACUACCGUGGCAGCGGGCAUGCAUGCUUCAACGUCGUUGCCGUCCCUCUCCUCGGCCAGCGUCGAGCUCUCCCCGACCCACUCGACGCCUUCGGCUACGCCCACCACAGCGACCCCCGCACACGGCCACGGAUCUUCCGCCUCCGCCAUCCAGAGCCCUACACGGCGCCAGGCGCAGCCCUCCCCCUCGGGCAACCUCUCGCGCAGCGCCAGCAACAACGCGCUCGCACAGGCACGCAACAUCAGUCCCGUCCAGCAGGCGGGCUCGUCAUCCGCCACGGCAACGGCAGCGGCGACAGGAGCGAUCCAUUCGACGCCAGCUACAGAUGCAUCGUCAAAGCUCGAUCGGGUCAAUCCGACCGCACCCGCCUCGUCAUCGUCGUCGUCAAAGACAAACACAGACAGCGGCCCUUCUGUUUCCAGCAAUGGCCACCCGUCGGCCUCCACUUCAUCCGACAUCAACCCGUACAAGUCAUUCCGGGUCACCCUCGACGAUCCGUGCCACAAGGUCCUGCCAGCUGCGCUUAAGAAAUACAAGAUCGUCGACGAUUGGAGGCUCUACGCGCUCUUCAUCUGCUAUGGAAGCACAGAGCGAUGCCUCAGCUAUGACGAGAAGCCGCUGUUGCUCUUCCAAAAGCUGAAGGAGAAUAAGCAGAGCCCAGUCUUCAUGCUGCGACACAUUCGCGACGUAAAGUCGCCCAUCGCCAUUGCCAAUGCAAAAGCAGAGUCCAAGAAGAGCCAGACGACCACCUCGUCGACGGUCAAAGCGUCCGCCGGCGGUCGGAGCGACAAGAGACGAGUCAUCGACGGUGCUCCGCCCUCUGGGGCCAACAUUGCCCAUCUCGCUGCACCCGUCGAGACCGGACCCGCCGCUGAGCUGCCGGCAUCGACGAAAGCCUCGCGCACCUAUGCCGUCGCAAUCUACCCGUACCUCUCGGAGCGCGGCGACGAGUUCGACGUCGGCGUUGGCGAUAUCUUCAUUGUGCGGAAUAAGGCCAAAGGCUGGUGGGUGGUGCAGCGGGACAGCAAGGGGACGGGCGCCGGUGACGUCGUCUACAGCGUGCCAUCCAGCGAGACGGACGAUGCGAACCCCAACGCCGCCUACCAGGCCGAGAUCUCGUCCGGAUGGGUGCCUGCCGGCUGCCUUCUCGAGACCAGCAGACCGUUGUCUCAGAUCGUCGAGCCGGGAACCUUGGCGACGGCGGCAACACAGGAUCAAUCGAGCUCCUUUGCCAACUCUGGUCCAAGCACGCCCACCGUGGCAACCUUAGCGGCGGCCACGACGACGACGCCGGGUGGAGGCCCGUCGGGGGGCACUGUCAGCGCGUCGGCCACGGCCUCAAUCCCCCCGACCUACAUCACCAGCACCAGCACCCUCGGCGUCAUGCUCAUGGACUACAGCGCGGACGACGGUCUAGAGUUCAACAAGGGCGAUCGACUGCGGGUAUUCAAGCGCUACAAUCACUGGUCGUACUGUGUGCAGGAGGGCGACCCUCACGCUCGCGGCUGGGUGCCUAGCUGGUACAUCGGUAAGAUUUCAACGGCCAAUGGCGGCGGCAGCGGCGCAGCAGGGCCGAGCUCGGCAGGGAACACUCCAAAGGACGCCAAGGAUCCAAGCCCGGCAACAGGCGGCGGAACAACCAUCUCGCCGACCACGUUGAUCUCCGCACCAUCGGCGGCAGCGCCAUCCAAAACAGCAGGAAGUGGAGGGGCGUCGCCGGGCGCGGAGACCAAGCCGUCGGGCAAAGGCGCCGGCAGUGGAUUGGGUGGGCCGUCGCCGUCAAGAACGGCGAGCGGUGACGGAGGGGUAGCGGCUGGAGCCGGCCCUGGGACGACCGACAUCGGCGAUGAUGGCUGA